AUGGCGGGGAAACACUGGGUACAACAUUUUGCAGCAAGAAAUACUUUGUCUCUCAGAGCUCCAGAAAAAUGCAGCUUAGGUCGCGCUAUCGGCUUUAAUAAAGUUCAGUGUCAGCGCUUAUUCGAGAAUUUUAAAAUAGUUUACGAAAAAUUAAAACGACCACCACACAGGAUCUUUAGUAUGGACGAGACGGGAUUAUCUACCGUACCAAACAAGCUCCCUAAUGUUUAUGCUUAUAAAGGGAAGAAAACUGUGUCAAAUGUUGUAUCAGGUGAACGAGGUCAGCUAGUUACGGCUGUAUGCUGCAUGAGCGCUGGUGGUACUUGGGUUCCGCCAGGUCUUAUUUUCUCAAGAAAAAGAAUGAAGGAGGAACUUUUUUUUGGAGCACCUCCUGGGACAUUAAAAAUGAUCUCAGAUUCAGAUUUUGUUCCAUCUGAGGUCACAGACAGCCCACAUCUAGAGCUGGCCCAAGAAACUCAAUCUGAAAUCGAAUCAUCUGUUGAAGAGAGUUCAUCUGAUGACGAUUGCACUCUUGCAGAAGUAAGAAAUACCAUAAUAAAAGAAAACUUAAAAUUAACCGAAGAAAAGCAAUCUACGAUUCCCGAACCACAAAGUUCAGACGUUACUAAAAGUACAGCUUACUUUAAAGCAGCUCCUAAGGAACUAAGUGAACCAGGAGUUAUAGGUGAAACUGCUGGUAUCAUCGGCAUAUACGGAAGGUUUACCUUCACUGAUAUGCUGAGAUUAACAGAAAUGCCCACGACUUACAAAAGAAAAUAUGGGGAGAGAGCUAAAUGGAGUGCCGAUUCUUUAAGAAAUGCAAUUGAAUGUGUACAAAAUCGUACAAUGGGUGUAAAUGAAGCCGCCAGACAAUUUGGAAUACCUAAAACAGCGCUAAAAGAUAGGAUUAAGAAGGGAGACGCAAUAAAACAACACAGGUUAAAAAAGUGUUUCUUCGUUAACAUCAAGUGAGAAGGGCAAAACGA